GAGGGUCGUGCAUUUUGAUGCAAUAGAACACUGUCAUGGAAGUAGUUCUACACGUAGUAAUAGUAGCAAUAGUAGUUGCAGUAAUAGCAGUGAUACGGAUGAUCGAACCUACAGUUGUGUACAUUGUCGUGCACAUCUUGCUCGUCAUCAAGAUCUUAUCUCAAAAUCAUUUCAAGGAAGUCAAGGACGUGCUUACUUAUUUGAUACAGUUGUCAAUGUAUCAUGUGGAAAACCUGAAGAAAGACUUCUACUCACUGGCUUACAUUCUGUAGCCGAUAUCUAUUGUGAUUGUUGUCAUACUGUAUUAGGUUGGAAAUAUGAACAAGCCUUUGAGUCUAGUCAAAAGUAUAAAGAAGGCAAAUAUAUUAUAGAAUUAGCCCACUUAAUUAAAGAUAAUGGUUGGGAUUGGAUUCUAUCAGAAUUAGAACAACGAAGACCUUAUUGA